UUUGCUACUUGUUUAGCUGAAAGUGGAGGAAGCUGUCAGAUCCCUGAGAGACCGCCGAGCUCUUUCACUACAUCACUGACAGCGCAGAUGUUUGCAGCUGGGAUCAUGGGGAAAAUGGCCGCAGUUAAAGCUUGUUCUUGGUUAGAGGGCAGCAGUAAGGAAGAGAUGGCCAUCCGUCCACUUAGCUGAGACAUUCCCCAGUUCUGCAUAUCCUUUCCACAUUGUUCACGCUUCCUAGACUUUUUGUCAGUGUGAUCACUUCAGAAUGUCUAGUAACUAUUUCUUGUCUGGCCGCAAAUAUUAUUACUAUUAUUAUUAGACAACCUUUGUUUGCAAUGGCACAAUAGCAUUCGAAAAUCUGAAAAUGGGUCAUUAUUGUGCAUCAAACCUUCAACAGUUAUUUACUUCUGAGCCUCUCAGACGACUCAGGAUUAGCUGCUGCAGGCACAGCAGGAUAGACUGUCCAAGAAACUGUGGAAUAUAAAAUGAGCAGAGAUGGAAUCCUCUCUCUUUUUGAACCGAUAGUACAUGUGUUGCAUGGAAUGCCAAGAUGACUACGGACACUCCAGACCAAACUCCAAAUUUCAGGGUAAUGACAUUCACCCCCUCCAAAGAAGAGUUCAAGGACUUUGUUCGGUAUGUUGCCUUCAUGGAGUCACAAGGAGCUCACAGAGCUGGAAUUGCCAAAAUCAUUCCACCUAAAGGCUGGAAACCAAGAAAUACAUAUGAUGACAUCGAUGAUCUGCUGAUUCCUGCUCCAAUACAGCAGGUGGUCACUGGCCAGUCGGGAUUGUUCACGCAGUACAACAUCCAGAAGAAACCAAUGACUGUCCUUGAGUUUCAGAAGACCUCCAAUUUGGCUAAGUUUUGCAGCCCCAGAUAUGUGGAUUUUGAUGAGCUGGAAAGGAAGUUUUGGAAGAACCUGACCUUUAACCCCCCACUGUAUGGAGCUGAUGUCAGUGGAACCCUAUUUGAUCUAGACGUGUCUGAAUGGAACAUGGCCCAUCUUAACACAAUCUUGGACACUGUGGAGAGUGAGAGUGCAGUGAAGAUAAAAGGAGUUACCACCCCAUGCCUUUAUUUUGGGAUGUGGAAGAGUGCUUUUCCUUGGCACACAGAGGACAUGAAUCUUUACAACAUUUGCUACCUGCACUAUGGCGAGCCCAAGUCAUGGUAUGUUGUUCCACCAGAGCAUGGCAGAAGACUGGAGCGACUUGCUAAAGGUUUCUUUCCUGGGAAUGCUCAGAGCUGUGAAGCCUUCUUGCGGCACAAGAUGACUUUAAUUUCACCCUCAAUCCUCAAAAAAUAUGGUAUACCAUAUGAGAAGGUCACUCAGGAAGCUGGGCAGUUCAUUGUGACUUUUCCAUUUGCUUAUCAUGCUGGUUUCAACCACGGUUUCAAUUGUGCUGAGUCCACCAACUUUGCUACACAGCGAUGGAUUGAUUAUGGAAAACAAGCUAAAUUGUGUUCUUGCCGUCAAGAUAUGGUGAAGAUAUCUAUGGAUGCAUUUGUACGCAAGUUUCAGCCAGACCGUUACAAACUGUGGAAAGCAGGGAAAGAUGACACUCCCAUUGACCACUUGAAACCAACUCCAGAGGCUGCUGAGUUUCUCCGAAAAGAAAAAAACAAUCCCUGUAAGAAGAUUUCCAGUGAAGCAUCGUCUGAGGAGCUAACGUCUGCUGCACAGAAGGACGAAAGCUCAAAUCCUCAAAGUGGGAAAAAACGUCCACCUGAACCUGUCCAGACCUCUGAAGGAGACAAUUGUGAUGUAAGAGUCAAGGAGGGGGUAGAGCCUGAGAAACCCAAGCUACCAAGGAAGAGUUCUCCCAACAAAGUCCCAGCUUCCUCAGCACAACCCAAGUCAGAACGUUCGUUGGAGAAGCAAGUGAAACCACCACCUAAAUACAGUUCUAAAGCCAACAAGAAAACUUCAAGCAGACAAAAUUAUGCAAGAAAGGACAAGAAUGGUGGGCGGGCUGCAGACAUGAGUUCUCUUCUGCCAGUAGAAGGAAAUGCAGAGGGCGAUGUGGAGCCUCGGGUGGAAAUCCCUGUGCACAAACUGUUUCAGAGAACACUCAGCCCUGCUGAUGUCCUGCAUGUUCAUAGCUACGCCAAAGGAGACUAUGGAGAAGAAAUCCUGCUGCAGGAGGAAGAACAGGCCAUACACAGUAAUAAAAAAGAAGACACCAAACAUCAAGUGGCAGAAGUGUUGCCUCCUAAUGCAGAGCUGGAAUGUAAUCCAGAUCAGCUGCCACGCCCCCCACACAUGAAAGAUAACAGCAGUGAAAAAGACGCCUUAGAGGAGCUUCCCCCAGUGGAGGCAGGUACUUUGGAAGGGGACAACUGGGCCAAACCUCUGACCCAUUUGUGGCAGAAUAGCCCUCCCAAUCUGAAGAAAGAAAGGGAGUACAACCAGCACAUGGGCUCCAAGCCUCCAUACUGCUCCAUCUGUAUGCUCUUCCAAACACAUCAACAGGCAGAGAGUGCCAGCGGCGUGGACAGUCAUGUCGUUCGUGCAGGUGGGAGGAUGCAGACCAAGCCUCUCAUCCCAGAAAUGUGUUUCACCAUCACCACAGAAGAAGACACAGAGUGUGAAGAACAACCCGUUGCACAUUAUUUAGAGGAAGAUGGAACCAGCCUCCUCAUCAGCUGCUCACAGUGCAGUGUUUGGGUUCACACCAGCUGCUACGGUGUGAACCCAGCCAGUGUGAGCAGCGAGUGGAAAUGUGCACGAUGUGAGGCCAAUGCUAUGAAUGAGAGUUGCUGCCUGUGUUUGCUAAGAGGUGGAGCCCUACAUAAAACCACCAAUGAUAAGUGGGUACAUGUGCUGUGUGCUGUGGCAGUAAUGGAGGCGCGCUUUGUCAACAUUGCUGAAAGAAGUCCUGUGGAUCUGAGUGGAAUCCCUCUACAGAGAUUUAAACUGAAAUGUUACUACUGCAAGAAACGCGUGAAAAAGGCAUCUGGCUGCUGUGUACAGUGCUCUCAUGGCCGCUGUCCCACUGCAUACCACCCUACCUGCGCCCAGGCUGCUGGGGUACUCAUGCAGCCAGAUGAUUGGCCCUUUGUGGUUCACGUGACCUGCUGUCGGCACAAAGGUCCUGCUCAGAUUGAGCGCAAUAAGGCAGCAAUGCAUGAGCUUACUGUGGGUCAAAAAGUCAUCUGUAAGCACAAGAAUGGCCGUUACUAUCAGUGUGAUGUAGUUCAGCUCUCAAAAGAGACCUUUUAUGAAGUCAACUUUGAUGACGGCUCCUUCAGUGACAACCUGUUCCCGGAGGACAUUGUGAAUCAAGACUGCACUCAGCUUGGCCCCCCACCGCAGGGUGAAGAGGUUCAGGUGCGCUGGACAGAUGGGCUGGUCUACGGGGCCAAGUUUGUGGCAGCUCAUAUUAUUCAGAUGUACUUGGUGGAAUUUGAAGAUGGCUCACAACUAACAGCCAAGAGAGAUGAUGUUUAUACUCUGGACGAAGAACUUCCCAAGAGAGUUAAAUCCAGACUGUCUAAGGCAUCAGAUAUGAGGUUCGAUGGCAUUUUUGAAGACAAUGAGAUUAUCCAGGAAUCCAAGAGACAAAGAGUGAUCAACUCCCGCUACAGGGGCGAUUACAUUGAGCCUGUGAUUUACAGAGCCAUCAUGGAGUAGACCCUCACACCUGGUCAGCCCAUCUUACACACCAGCAGCACCGUUGGACUGAAGUGUUUUAAUGCACCUUAACUUUGCAGCUAAUUUCAGGCAAUGUAGCAGCAGCUGGGUUCUUCAGGUUCUGCAUGGACUGCUGCCUGUUUCAAUGCUUUGUUCUCUUUGCUGGACUGUGAGGUCAAAAAAUGUUUUAUUCUGAUGACAUUUUUGCAGAGGACUCCUUACAACGAUGUUAAUGGGCCACAAGCUCAAGCAUUACUUCAAGGAUACAUAACAUAACUGAGUAAAGUAAGAUGUUUGAAAACUGGGUUAAUGCUAGAAUGUAAAGUCAGUGGUUGUGCUGAUGCAAUCUUAAAGAACAAAGUUUCAUUAAACCGUCCCUAACUGAGUAUUUUCCUCCCAAGAUCAGCUUGUUCCUAAUUUAUUUCAGAUUUUGUUUUUAGUGGCUAUUAAAAGGUUUCAGAGAGGGGAACACACACAGCCCAAAUAUUAUUCUAAACCUCUACUUCACAUUCAGCCCUUUAGUUUUUAUUCUGCUGAAAAUGGUAGAAAACAAAAGAGAGUUGAAUCCCUCAACAUUUUCAACAUUUAAAAAGUAAUUUCUGUCCAAUGACUUGUGGACAUGAUGUGUCACUGCUAAAAUUCUUAAACCUUGAAAUAAGGUUGGACUGAAAUCCUGUCAUUCCAAGCACACUUUCUUUAUUCAUGUACAGUGUGUGGUAAUCAGUGAGGUUCAGACGGAGAAAUCACUGGAUAUUUACCAGAAACUUCAGGAGUUGCUGCUUUUCACAAAAAACAGACCAGAAUCCCACAAUCUGACAUAAUGUCACUCAAAGUGGUUUCACAGAUAAGUAAACACUCCUAACUUCAGUGUUUUGCCCAGGGACAGCUGGACAUGUAAACUGGAAGCAAUAGAAAACUUUUUUAUUUCAUAGAUUUUAAAAGCUUUCAAAACUAAUAUGACAUUUAUCAAUUAUACAGAUGACGCUCAUUCUCUGUUUACUAGUCUCUGCUUGAUGGAUGGAUGGAGCUUAGUGGACAUGUCUGUCUCCGCCUCCAGAGGAGGAGGUCAUUACCCAUUAAUGACUUGGCCUUCAUUACAAAAGACUGCCCAUCUUUUCAAAGUUCUACAGGAUUGGGGAAAUCUGUAUCAAAAAAAAAAAAAAAAAACAACAACAACUUCCUUUUAAAGACUUUCUUCCAGUUCUCUGAUUUUUAGUCCUGGUCCUCAUGACCCACUGUCCUCCAUAUUUUACAUGAGUAUUUACUCCAACACACUUGAAUCAAAUGAUUGCAUUUCCUCCUCAGCUUCUGUCCAGCUUGUUAAUCAGGCAUUUAUUCAUGCAUGUAAGGAAGCACCAAGCAGGAGGAGGCUUGAAAACCUCUGACCUGUUGAACAAAGGCAGCUGCUUUAAAACUGUUACGGAGAAGGCUGGCUUUACACUGACUGCAGACCAGGAGCUUAAAACAUUUUUUAUUUGUUCCAAAUGGUUUGGAAACUUCCAUUUGAAAUAUUUAUGACUUUUCUUAAUCUUAACGCUCUCACAUCUUCAGUCUUGCAAUAGAAAUAUUUUCAUGGUAUAUAUUGCAUUUUAAAAUCAACAUAUUUCAGAAUUAAGAAACAUAUAAGGACUCUUUUGAAUAAAUAAGGUAAGGCUUUAUUAAAAUACUAAUAAUAAAAAAAAUUGAACCACCAAUGAAAAAUGAUUUUUUUUUUGUUUCAUCUCUGGGACAUUUUUCUUGGAUUUUGAUUCAGGUUUUUAGGUGUCAUGUAAGUGUUGCAACAAUCAUUUCUUUAGGCAUGUAAAAUGCAGAAAAAGUGUUGCAUUGGAUGCUGUGGAGUAACAGGUUAAACUCUUUAAUGGUAGCACAGCUAUUUGAUCCCAUUUUAUUAACUACAUUCCCAACUUGAGAGACCUCCAUCACUCUUUACUACUUAUUAUGGUGCGCUGAGACACUGGCAUCUUCUUCAUAAACAGUAAUGCUGUUGAGUUUGUUCGAUUACUUGACUUCUGCAGUUAAGUCUGCUGCUUUUAAUGUCUUUAUAUUGCCUGCCUGUCCUACUCUGUUACUCUGUUUAUUGGACUGCUGAGUCCAGUUUGUGGGCAUUUGAACAUCAAGGUGCUACUGUGAGUUUAUACAGAAAACAAUGGCGUUCGUUGUACAUUUCUAAAAGUUUUGCUGACUUGUUCGUGUCCGGCUCCUCCCAACUAUUUGGUCCCAUUGCUUUGGUAGAACAAGAUGGCCGUCAGACGUCAUCAUUAUCAAGCAGGUUUUCGAGCUGGUUAUUGGUCAUGUGGGAUCAUUUUAUGUUUUCUUUAGACUAAGUUGUACAGUGAUCUUGUACUCUACUUUAUUGUCCUGUUUGUAAAACGAUCAGUGUAUUUUUUCACAGAAGCUUGUGUAAUGUAAAUGUCAUGUAGUCUAUUGUAAAAUCUUAUUGAGCCAGCAGGGAGAGCAGUUACUUUUCAUAUUGUUAUGCAGACAUUUUGUAACAUUUGUUUAAUUAAAGAAAUGUACUCUCAG